AGCCACGUCACUGGAGGUGAGGCGCCUCUAUUUGUGGAUAUGGAAGAAUUGGUUAUUGGCGAUGAUGGCCAGCCUACUCAGGAUAGUUUGCGCAGCCAAGCUUCAAAGCUUGCACUCACGCUAGAACAGCGAGCGGAGGAAGCUGGAAUCUUCAGAGAUGAUACACCACCACAUUCUCCACCAUCAGGGGCCCGUUCUGUUCCACCGUCUGCCUCAAUGCCCGAUUCUGCAUCUAUGCCGCAGUCAGCAUCUAUUCCCAGCACCUCACAGCCUCAGGUGCCAAUAUCUUCUGCCAUAUUGGCAAGAUUGGAGCGUGUUGAAAAGGAACAGCUUGCUUUGAAGCAAGGCCAGACUGAUAUUUUGAAAGGGCAGAAUGAGAUAAUGGGUUACUUGAAGACCCUAUUGGCUCUUAUGGGAGAUCAGAGAAGGCCAGCGCAGAGGCAGAGCCACAGCCAGACGCCGUGUCUCCAGGAGAUGAGUUCAUUCUUCCGAAUGAUUACAGACCUAAUGAUGAGGAAGAUGUACUCCGGACACCUCAGAACAUGUCGGUCACGUCCAUUGGAGAUACCCAAGAUUCAGAGGUUCAGGUUUUAGAGACCGUUCCAACACCGGUGGAGAAGAGAACGAAGAAAAGGCCAAGGUGGUUUGACGAGUACACCGAAAUGAAGAAGAAGAUGAAGCCAUCAACAACCAAUGUGAAUGUUGACCCACUUCGGCCCGUUGAUGAGAAGCUACUACAUAGUUUUCGAAAUUGGUUAGUGGGAACCAUCGGAAACAAGUAUCCGAGGGACGUCUUCACCGGUCUGUGUGGCGUGGCUUGGUUCUCGACCCUAAAUACAGACAAACUAUGGCUUUCUGAUGACCAUUUGGAUGCUGCUUUCCAUAUGAUGAGGAGGAGGCAACACUUCUUCCCGGAGUUGUACCCACGUAAGUGUACUGUGAUGCCAUCUUGGUUUACCUCAUCGUUGAGGGGUCGGUGGGAUGCUUGGAAGAGCAAUACUGACCAUGAUGGUUUUGUUUGGGAUGAGUCCAUCUUGGAACUCCUUCGUGGGGAUCCAAACCAAUUUUUGCCUUCUUGGAAGGGUAUGGAGUGCAUAUACAUGUCCAUGUUCUUGAACAGACCGAAACAUUGGAUCGCUAUGGAGGUCAAUCUUGAGUUGUGGAAGAUAUUCCUCUUCGAUUCGAGUCUUGGAUCUCUAACGAAAGACGAACUGAAUUCGCUUAUGGAUGUGUGGUGCCCUUUACUAGCCGAAUUGGUGGACCAGUGUGGUGUAUGUGACACUCAUUACAUGGUGAUGGUCCUCGAAUGA